GGACCUUGCGGUGGGCAGAACGCGUUAGAUAUUAGAACGUAGGCUCCCUCACAGAUCCCCGAAUCUGAAGUCACUAUUACCCCCGCCACGGCCUACUACCCCUGAAAUGCACUUCACAUCCGCUCCCAAACUGCUACUGUGCCUACACCCCCUCUACCCUUAUACGACUUCUCAAAACUGUCAGGGCGAUAAAUUGAUAACGCGAGCCAGCUAGUCAACCGCGAGCAACCGCGAAUCUCCUCCGAUUCCAACAAAAAUAAAAUACUUUUGUGGCCGGAUCGAGUGCGCACGGCUCUGCCCGAGCAUUGCGUUACGUUGCAGUUAGCACAGUUGCAGUAACCCGGUGAUGGGCUGCUUGGUCGGUUGUGAAUAAGAAAAUAAGGAAAACAACAAACAGGGAAGCAUCAUCACGACCGCGGCGGGCGACCGCGGUGAUGGUGAUGUGGUAUAUAUAUUAGACAGUGGAAACCACGACACUCCGCAAGGUUUAUCAGAACGCCCCAGAACACGGACCACUGGCGCCUCUGCGUGUGUGUAUGAUUGCCACCUUCAACCUAGGUGACUGGGACGCGGUCAACCACAAAUUUUUCACGUCUUGAACUCGGCCACCGGUGCCCGGACGACAUUGCCCGCCAACGUAACCACGGUGAAGACGAUCGUUACCAAGGAUUUGAACGGUGGCAGCACUGGUAACACCACGGCUACAUUCAUUGGUCAUGGUCAGGAUGCCAUGAGCAUUGGUGGAAGUGCUGCUGGCGUCGUUGGCCAUUCGUCGUCAGUCGGUGUAUCGGCAGGAACGAGCAGCAGCGGUAGCAGCAACAGUAGCAACAGCAACGCUACCACCGCUUCCGCCGUCAUCGGUGGACAGAACUUUACAAUGCCGGUAGUACGGAAGCUACCACCCGGACAGAAGUUGAUCACCGUACCAAAACAUAAGCUGAUUUUGCCUUCUGCAGGAACGAAUAAGUUUGUAAAUGGUAAAACUGUGGUUCAAAUUUCACCCAAACUGUUUCAACAGUAUAAAGUGAUUUCUGCAAGUCCCUCGCAGUCUGUUAGUCGGAACCUAACGUUUGCUGCCCCAGCGACGAGCCUCGGAUCGCUACAGGGUACACUGACCACAGCCACGAUCCCGACGGCAAGCUCUUCCAGCACCGUAACAUUGGGCGGUACCGUCACCAACAUCGCUAUUCCAUCCACAUCAGCGAUGUCGCAAUCCUCCUUCACCCUACCGACUGCUACCACCAGCUCAAACGGUGGUACCCGGUACAGCACCACCGGUAACAAGGUGGUUUCUACUUUGGGCGAACUGAAGACAGUUGUUGGGUCGAAUCGAUUGGUAAUCGAUGACCCCGAGGACGAAAUGGAAGAUCAGGACGAUCGAGUACCAGUUUCCUAUUCUCCGCCCGCCGUUGUUACUCCCGUGGCUACAAAGAAAGCGUCAAGCAACGGUGCUGGUGGUGGUGGUGGUGGUCAUCAGCAGCGGCAGCAGAUGCAACAGCAUUCGUACAGCAAAAAGACUUCCCCAAGCCAGAUUCACACACCUGCCUCACGUCGACGCAAAACGGACAAGGCUGGCCGAGGUCUGCGUCACUUUUCGAUGAAGGUGUGUGAGAAGGUGAAGGCGAAGGGUACCACCACGUACAACGAGGUGGCCAACGAGCUGGUGGCGGAAGAAACCCAGAGCCACGUUCCGGGGGCUGAUCCGGCGUCGUAUGAUCAGAAAAAUAUUCGGCGGCGUGUUUACGACGCGCUGAACGUGCUGAUGGCCAUGAAAAUUAUCUCGAAGGAGAAGAAGGAAAUCCGCUGGCACGGAUUGGCGACCAGCAACACGGUGCAGGAGUGUGAAGAGCUGGAGAAGGAGAACGAGAAAGCCCGGCUACGGAUCGUGCAGAAGCAGCAGGCGUUUCUUGAUCUGGUGCAGCAACAUGUCGCCCUGAAGUCGCUCAUCGCUCGUAAUCAGGCCAAUGAGGAGCGGGGCCUAGUGCCGAAUCCGAGCUCCGCCGUGCAGCUCCCGUUCAUCAUUGUGAACACGGAUCGCAAGAACAACAUCAAUUGCAACAUUUCAAACGAUAAAUCUGAAUAUUCUUUCACCUUCGAUGAUACCUUCGAGAUUCACGAUGAUCUUGAAAUCCUGAAACGCAUGGGACUCUCGUUAGGGUUGGAAAACGGCGUAUGUUCCGAGGCGGAUCUUAAGAAAAUCAAGUCGAUGGUACCGAAAUCCGUGGAAAAGUACAUCGAUACAUAUGGACUUGGAGUGGGCGAUGGAGACGACAACGAUAGCUGGGAGAUGAGUUCGCUGUACAACGGGCAGGACAAUGAUGACAGUUUAUCGACCCAAGACAUGCUCGGCUAUCACGAUAAUACCAACGAUAUGCUGGACGACGACAUGAAGUUUGAGGAUGAUGAGGAUGAUUAAUUUAAAGCAGCCGGCCCUUUUUGCCGCCAUUUUUAUUAUCCUAUACAACUAGCACACAACAGUUUUCGAGACAGAUCGUCGAAAUGGAAGGACACUGGAACGGGGCGCUGUUGUGGCCAUCAGCUUUGGUUCUUUUUAUAUACAUAUAUAUACAUAAUAAUUUGCAUAUUUUAUUCGUUAGGGGUUCACUUGUACCCAGUUGGUUUGUAUGCGAUUUCGUAUCUGUUUCUGGAUUUGCUAGUGAGACGCGCCUCGUUCCAGUUCUUCUAAUGACAACACAGAGCAAACGUAAUUGUUUACGAUCCGAAUUUGAUCUUACUGCUCCGCCUAGUUCCAUAGUACUUGGUUUACUACGCGAAUUGCCCAAAUGGUUGGCCAUAGUUCGUCAAAAACCAUGACCGCUUAAUAGAAUACGGUUGAUAAAGCAAAUGUCUCGACUGACGGGAAUACAUUCAUCAUCAUCUUUGAGCGGAUACGGAGACGCAGGGUUAUUGUUAGCAAAACAGAGGUAGAACAUACAAUCUUGUUCAUCGUCAGCAGCGCAUAAGUUAGGUAGUAAUUUUACGAAUGCACCAGAAAGUACAGAAAAGCAAAUACAUUUUACUUUCGUGAUGAUCAACAAUAACUAUCCGAUUCUCCGUGUAUUCUAGAGUGCGUUACCGGCUAGAACCGGUCUAGUAGAAUGGUGGGUGGUGCUUAACCGCUCCAUGCACUAAGUUCUUUGCAAUUCUACCAGUCUAACGCCAGGUACGGUUCUAUCGGGAUCGGAACAGCUCGGGGAGCUCUAAGGCCCGUGUGUCAUAGAUUGCAGUGGCAGAAACGAUAACAUCAUUAGCAAGCACACGCAUAUCGGUGGAGAUUUCAGGAUUUUGUUACAGAACUCCGCAUUCCGCGCAUAGGCGAUUGCGUCAUUUGCGGUAUUGAACCACCAACAUAUAAUCAAGGAUAGGGCUGAGGAAGGUUCGUUUUGUGCAUAAGUGUUUGCUUAACGAUAUGAAUAUGUGUUACAAUUAAUAUUAGAAUGCUUUUUGUUUUGCUUUGCGAUAGUUAACACAGUUUUAUCUGCUUAGAACACGAUCACUGGCAAACGAACGGCGAGUGAUUUUAGUGAAUGCGGCUUUAUUCAGGGUAGUGAACUUAAAAAGCAUCAUUCAUUGCGUGUAGGGUACCGACAUUUGGCAAUCACUAUUAAACACAUGAUGCAGCAACACAUCGCAACGCAAAUGGAGUGAAAAGCCGUUUGCACAUAAUUACCAACCACCAAACUCGGCUCAUAAUGCUACGCAAUGCCAAUGCUCUGAAUCAUAGUUAAGAUCACAAAUUUGCAAUCGUUUCGUUAAAAGAUAAAAACAGUAGAAAGUAAGAUCAAGGAUUAAAUUAAGGCAGUUCUGGGCUGGGCGUACAUGGGGGAAAUGCACGCGCAUGUUUUGCGCAUGCCAAUGGCAACAUUAUAAUGGCCAUGUGUCAGUUUAUUUGCAAAUGAUGAGUUAAAAGCCGAUUGUUUGAUGUACAUAGUAAUUGUGUAAAUGAACACAUUUAUUAACAUUUACCGCCGCAAACUGAGAGAAACCCCGGAACUGCUUUUUGGGCAGUUUCGUAUAGCCAGAUGGAAAGGGUAACAUGUACAAAGGCAAACUAAAACAGUACAGUCCAUUUCGAACAAGGCAGCCAAAGUUCAUACGCGCACGGUCUGCAUACAUGUAGCAAAGCAUCAGAUUUUAUGUAGACUGCCUCGUCAUCUACUAGAAAAUCAUACGUUUUUCCAUCCUUCGAUAUACGUUAACGCUCCAACAACGAAAUCACAUCAGACAGAUUCAAUUGGAGGAUUGGCAUGCAUGCGGCGAACUAAAUGCGAACGGUUUUGAGGAACCUCUCAAACAGAAACACUCAAGAUUUUUCAGGUCCAUGUGAGCUCCAUAAACCUAGCGAUGAACUACGUUUAAUCUCACGUAUCGUGGAAUAAUGAGAUCGAUAGCAAAUGAUGAGCUUUGUUGAUUUGGGGGUUUUGCACUUUACUUUGCCGCUGUUAGUCUAUUCAUGCUAGAUGAGUGAAAAAUGAUGGGACAGGAGUGUGGUCUAUUUAACGGAAUCAUGUCCACAAAAUGCAUCACACCUGACGGUGUGUAAUAGCAAGGUCCAAGAAGAAUAUAGAUGUUAACAUACAACCAUUAGAUACGGUGGAAACAUGCUAGAGAGAGAGAGAACAACCGAGGGAGGGAAAAUUGACACACAAAAAUACAAACGAAUAUCAAUAAUAUUUUGAUGAUUUGAUAAUUUUAACUUUUAUGUUUGAGACACAAUAAACUGUACGUGGCCACAAGAAACGAGGCCGCAAUAAUUGUAAAA